UAACUGCAUCCUUCCAAAGAUGGCGCUGUGCAGAGUGUGUCCACGGCUCUGGAGGGCAUGUAGUGCAUCUUUGUCCCUUCACUCCUCUCUUCUCUCCUCCGCUGUCCGCCUCCAGAGCUCCGUCAGCAUUACACCGGCCCCCGCUCAGCCCCUUGUACCGAGGACCUCGCUCUCUCAGCCGCCGUGGGCCGAUGCUCCGAGCCCCGUGUCUCUGGAGGAGGAGCAGGCACAGCACGCCGCAGUGGUGACCGCCGUGAAUAGCAUCAUCUCCGGGCAAGACUUCGGGAGACUGUUCGCUGUGGUGCACUUCGCUGGCCGACAGUGGAAGGUGACAGACGAGGACCUGAUUUUGGUGGAAAAUCACAUCGAGGCAGAGUGUGGAGACCGCAUUAGGCUGGAGAAGGUGCUGAUGGUGGGGGCUCACGACUUCACUUUGGUGGGGCGCCCCCUCCUGACAAAGGACCUGGUGUGUGUCGAGGCCACAGUCAUCGAGAAGACAGAGUCCAGACCCAAAGUUCACAUGAUGUUCCUCAGACGUAAAAGGUUUCAGAGAAAGAAGAUCAUAGUCCAACCCCAGACUGUGCUUAGAAUCAACAACAUCAGACUGGCCCCCAUGCUCACGUGAACUGGGUUACAAAUGUGCUUUAACAGACAGGCUGUGUAUAAAGUGAUUAACAAGAGAGACUGCUGUCUUCUGCAUUAGCUUUAUCUGGGUUGACAAUAGGUUGGGUUCAUGGACUAAAAUUGGAUCUCAGAUUGAGGGCGUGGAGCUGUUGCUGGGUUUCAAAUUACAUAAUUCUGUAGGCCAGUACUAUUUAAUACAGAUGGGGGACAGAUUUUUGUUCUGUUGUGAAGGUGUAGUGCCUAAUAGAAAUCAGGUUAAGCAUUUUGUGAAUUUACCUACAGUAAAAUAUAAUUUAAUUUGGCUCUUGCUCCCCAUCUGUAUGUAAAUGGGUGUGUCCUUUCACCUGCCAACUACUGAUCGAUUUUACGGACUGAUAGUGAACUUUAAGUAAAGACAAAAAUGCAACUUAAUAUGAAUCCAUCUAGACAUUUUUUAAAAGUGUUGUGAAAUAAAGUAAAUGCAAAAAUACA